CGCAACUCUGAGGACCCCCUAAGGGUCCCUGACCCCAUGUUGAAGAUCUCUGGUCUAGAAAGCAUCACAUAAGCUCAUGGCAGUGCAGUAAAUACAUGAAAAAGAAAAUGUGUAUCAAAAUGUACCUAAUGUUACAGAAAUCUACCUUAUUAGAUGUUUGUGAUGUGAACAAAAAUGAUGACGUAUGUAAUUGGGCCUGUUCUCAGCAGACUGGAUGAUAUGCUUACACUUACCAUUGCAGCUGGAGCUGGCCUGUUAAUGUGAUUAAUUAUUUCAGUACUGGAAUACCAAGAGAGCUAACUUAAACUAAAAUAUGUUUCAAAACAUCUGUACUGACUGUUAUAUAUAUAUAUUAUUUUCCCUUAUUAAGCAGCUAUGUCAGAAUGAGCUUUUUAUUUCUUCUUUUUCACUUAUGCAAAAGUACAGCAUAGUGUACUUCCCUAUUGUGCCCCUUCCUAUUUUAGUUUGGACUAUGCCAGACUUUCUGUCAGUAAGGAUAAUGUCUGAUUCGUUUAAUUUUAGUCUGCGUUGUGGCAAAAACCUUUGUCUAGUUGAAGUUGGGGAGAUGAUCCCCCUGAGGGGAAGCUUGUGAAUUUGACAAACAAAGCCAUGAAGAGCUAAUGAAGAGACUCAGUAAAAAAAUAAAAAAAAAUAAUACAACCAUAUGGAUCCCUGCAGUCACUGCACCUGGAACUCUUACCCAACUUCUCUCAGAUGCCAGUUUUACAUAAUGGGAUGAUCUUUGUCAGGUUGUGUCUGUUCAAAUAUGUUUUGAUGCCCUUCAUCAGAUUUGUACAUACAAAUAAAGAAAUUAUAAUCAUGUGAUAUGUUUUAAACGGUCUAUAGUAAUUAUGGAUGCCUUCUAAUAUUCGCCCCUUACGAAUUGAAAUAACAUAGCUAAAGUAGACUCAUUGUUAUAAACCGCAGUAAAAAAAACCUGUGACUUGAAACCAUAUAAAAAAAUGUUUUACACCUAUGCUUGAAAUACUUUCCCGUAGUUACUGUGGUUUGCUGUUGGGAUUAGUCUGUGUCUUCCUGUUUUAUAAUAAAAUAAUGUGUGAAUUAUUUAUUUGACUUGUGAAAAGGAUACCGCUUUUGAGACAUUUUCCUCUUUCUAUUUAUUUUGUUUUUGUGACAUGGUUUCCAGGGAAACAAAGGCGGGCGUUUCCGGCGAAUCAUCCAAUGAGGUGUUCUUAUUUAGAGGCGUGAUAUUUGAUUGGCUUUAGGUGACUUCCUUGAAUCUUCUCGGCUGCCGCUCGAAGCCCGCGGUUUACAAAAUCUACUGCUGGAUGAAGUGAAAUGGAAACACACGCCGCACAGUUUCUUUCUACGACUUGGGCUGGAUAACCAACAGCAAUGUCGCUGUCGACUGAGGCUCAUUUUGGGGUGAGCCAAAGCAGCAGAGUGAAAGGAGACACUAUUUGUGUAGUGCCCGACCUCACCUCUGAUCUCCUGGAGGAUGACUUUGACCUAAAUAAAUCCUACCCAUGUACUCGGAGACCGUUGUACAACAAGACACUGCAACGUCGUAAUUAUCCUGAUUCCUUGAGAGGUGAAGGUUUAGAUGUUUUCACUUCUGUCGCAGCAAGAGACCUCCAAAUCUCUAGUUUACAUCCUGACUCCCACAUUUCUUCUGUCUCCUUGCCACACCCGUCCACUAUAUCAGAGAUAGAGGAAAGCUUGUUCAGUCAGCUAGUCUCUGGAGAUUUUGGCCUGUCUGGAUCUCCAUCUGCCCUCAACCCAAACAAAGUCAUUCUUACCGUCGACCAUAAAACCAGAGAGAUUUUGUCAGCAAAUGAACAGGCCUGCAAGUUGUUUGAGUGCACCACCACUGAGCUUAUUGGAAAAAAGCUGUCCUGUAUCUUGAAGAAAACCAGUCAGGUCCUGGAGGAAGCAUUGGAAGAAGAUUUUCCACUUCUGGAUGGAACUGUUGUGGCUGUGUCUGGAAAAGUGGUGGAUGUUGUGACAUUAUCUGGAGAUGUGCCAAUGUCAGUGUGUACCUACAGACGGUCACAAAAUGGAGAGCACUUGCUUGUCAUGAUGGAAAGUGUGGAAAGGGUAUCAGCCUUUCUGUCCUUUUCACAAGACGGCAAUAUCUUAACCUGUGACUUGGCGUUUGCCCAUCUCCAUGGAUACCACCAUCCCAACGAGUUAAAAGGGGUGUCUGUGAAGGAGCUGAUCCCCUCCUUACAAAUCCCCCUGCACAGUAAUACGUUGCCCAAAAUGCUGAGGGUUCAGAGAGUGUGUGGUAGAAGCAGAGGGGGUGCAUCAGUCCCACUGUGUGUCAAACUUCAGGGGCCAGUGCUAUGUGGGAGGCCCCAACACCAAAACAAUGGGACUGGUUGCACCUGUCCAACAAAGAGUCAUGACAGACCAGAUGCACAGGGCAAUCAGCCAUGCUCUCCUCCCCCCUCCUCUGUGUGCAAGUCAGAAGGCUCAAACUCUGGAGUGCCAUCCUCAGAAGUGAAAGUGGACAGCAUUGUCCUCUCCCCCUGCCCUGCACUGGAGUACUCGGGGACAGUUUGGGUGUUUGCUCCUCUGAGCGGUCUCCUCCUGCUCCACCCCGAUGGCUCAAUCUACAGCAUCCACAACCACCUGGCUCUCGCGCUGUUUGGCUACGACCAGGACGAGCUGCUGACAAAGACUGUCACUUUUCUGAUGCCCGGUUUCUACGGAUGGAUGACUGACUCAGACAGAAAGGCCAGCCCCUUCUCUGAUUCUCAAGCAGAGGGCAAUAAAAGUACAGCCUCAUCCAAAAUAUCAGGAAAAAAUGACCCUUCCUCACUGGUGGCUGGUGAUAUGGCCACGGUGCAUCAGGCUGUCCUGGGAAGAAGCGCCACAGGUAGAGGCAAGAUCUUCACUGGAACCAGCACCAGGCUGGAGAAACAGGGCAGCGCUCUCUCGACCCUUUCUCUUCCUGCUGUCACCUCCACACGAGUGGUUAUGGCUGAUAACACUACCGAGCUGAUGGAGGAGGCAGCCCGGGUUGCUCUCUGCACUAGCCAGCUAGACGGUGCUGAUACCACUCAGGCACUCCUCAAGACAUUUGCCUGGGUGCAACCUUCGGAAGAAGAGACCUACUGCCUGGUUUCCACUGAACCGCCACACCAUAACCGAGAACAGCAGCUCGCCAGUAAAGUUCAUGAAAAUAAUCAGCCUGCCAUUAAUAUUAUCCCAGACCUUCCCAGUCAGAAUGGACAUGCUGUUGGCAGGGCGGGUGGCACCGCGCCUGAUGUAGGCAAAGACCACCGCUCGUGUGCCUCUGUGCUCCAAGACUCCAGCUUUGAGGUCAUCUCAAUGGAGAGCAGGUCAUCCUCUGGCUUCUGUGAAACGUUUGCCGUCCAUGGUGGUUCUGAUCCAGGCCAGGCAAUGGACUCCCGGUCAGCACACAUAGUGGAUUCAGCCAGCUGUUUCCUGGACCUUAACAGCAAUGGUGAACUAGUGACCCGUGCCCUGGCCGAGCUAGAUCUGAGCGGUAGCGUAGAGCUUCUCAGCGGCAGAGGGUACAACGACGACAACCAAAACUCCAUGACAUCCUGCGAUACAGCUGAGCUCCUGCGUACACCCUCCCCAUGCGUGGUAGGGUCGGACCAGGAAGCAGAGCCUGUUGAGAUUGGUGUAGAUGCCAGAAACGGCUUAAGUGAAGAGCAAGUAGAAAACGACCACAGGGAGCAGGAUCACUGGGCUUCUCUCUCGUCAAUUCAUAAAGAAAAGAGCCAAGAGGUCUGCAUGCCAAAGCUGGACAUUCCUGCCACGUCUACUCCUAAGAAACAGAAGGUGAAUGGACACAUCCCGUCCUCAGACACUACACAGAUACUGGAGGGGCGAUACGAAGGAAGUGCAUACCACAGAAAUGGCACGAGAGUAGAUGUGCAGUGUGACGUGUGCAGGACUAACCUCCCUGAUGGAAGCUCCAUGUUCUGUGUGUGGAUGAGUAGGCCUGGCCAGCAGGGGGCACUGUUGCAAACGGCUCGAUCACAGCACAACCAAUCGGGAGCCAGUCUGGGAGAGAGGAUUUGUGAGGCUUUGCACUCCACCAUGGAUCUUGAGCAGUCUCGAGCCUGUGACGGGCAGUUUGAAGAAGAGUACCAGCCUCUCAACCCUGUGGGUAAAGGAGCCUUUGGUUUUGUCUGGGAGGCAAUGAGACGCUCUGAUGGAUUAGAAGUGAUAGUGAAGUUCAUUAAGAAGGCCAGGAUAGUGAGUGAGUGCUGGGUAGAUGAUCCCAUGCUGGGACAGGUCAGCCAGGAGAUUGCCAUACUGACACGAGUACAGCACCACAACAUAGUCAAGGUGCUGGAGGUGUUUGAGAAUGGGAGUUACUUCCAGAUGGUGAUGGAGAAACAUGGCGAUUGCUUGGACCUUUUUGAGUUCAUAGACAUGCAACCAAGGCUGGAUGAACCCCUGGCCAGCUACAUCUUUAGACAGCUGGUGGCUGCUGUCUUCUAUCUGAGGAAUAAGAACAUCCUUCACAGGGACAUAAAAGACGAGAACAUCAUCAUCGACAAAGGUUUCCACAUUCGACUGAUAGACUUUGGCUCGGCUGCCAUGAUGGCUCCCAAGAAGCUCUUCUUCAAUUUCUGUGGCACACUGGAGUACUGCUCCCCGGAGGUGCUUCAGGGAAAUCCCUAUGAGGGUCCAGAGCUGGAGAUGUGGUCUCUUGGUGUGUUGCUCUACACUCUGCUAUUCAGUGAGAACCCUUUCUGUGGUGUGGGAGAGAUCCUGCAGGCCAAACUUAAGCCCCCAUUCCCCCUCUCUCCAGACCUGCAUGGUGUGUUGUGUGGGCUGCUGCACCCUGAUCCCGCUCAGAGACUGACUCUGGACCAGCUACUGCUGGACUCCUGGAUCAGCCAGCCCAUUUCACUGGCAGAGUACAGCUGGACAGAGGUUGUUCCUGCAACUAACACCUACCGCUCACCACAGCACGAGUCCAGUCCUAAAGUGUUUGUCAGGCAAGGCUUGUUCCCGGAUGAACAUGAUGAGACUCUUCCUGAUGACGAGGAAGAUGAGGAUGACAGGUUGUCAAUGGUUGCCCUGGAAACGGAGCUUCAGAAGUACCUCCACGAAGAUUAAAGACUGAAUUUAAAAGGGAAUGGACGCCAAGCAUCCAUCCAACAUUUGGUAUCAUGAUGUAGCAAUCUUUCCCCCUUUUUCUUUUAUCUAUUUUAUUUGUUCUUUUGGAUUUAUGUAAAAUUUAAAGCAUUAAAAUCAUCUUAUAUGAUCACAGGGAUCCAGCUUUACCACUAAACCACCUAAGUGAGCACAACCUCGAGUUGUUAGCUCAGAAAAACCACACCGAAAACCUUGUUGGAUUGAAGUUGAAGGUAAUUGUUAAAUUGAUCAUUGUUUAAUGUCUUAUGUUAAUGAUUUUAAUCUUGAGUGUUUUAAUUAAAAGUUGUAAAUAUUUUAUCUAUUUAUUUUUUUAUAUAGCAAUAAAUAUUUGACCAUAAAUGUGUUGUUCCUUUUUAUAUGAUUAAGGAAUUGCCUGUUAAUCAGAACUGUAAAAAGUUUGUCAAGCAAACAUUGUAAAGUAUUGGUAUUGUAAUAUUUAUGCAGCAAGUAAAGAAAGUAAAUCAUUAAAUAGUGCAAGAAAGUUUCA